AUGCGUAGAUGGAUCAUCCAUGGCAAUCAAUGUUGUUUUGGUUUACAAAAAGCUUUCAUAAAACACAGCAAGAAUUUAAUUUCAUAUCUAAAAAAGAAAUCACGGUUCAGAACAGAUAAACCGCAGAUUCUCAAAGUAAUCUCACAAAAAGCUUUUCAAAGUCAAGCGGAUUUUUUCUAUUGUUGUCGAGUGAAACUUGCUGGCGCCGCGUUCACAGCUCAAUAUUGGAAAAUAGGAAACUUUGAAUAA